AUGAAUAUUAAUAAUGGUCCCUGUAAAGUUAAAGAUUGUGAUAAGAAUGAUCCAAAAAAAUAUAAAUUUAAAAAAUUUACUCAAUUUAGUAAAGCAAAAGCUAUAAAAACUAAUACAUAUCAAAAUUAUAGUUAUCUUCAAAUUAAUGAUCAGUUAUGCUUUUCACAUUAUUUAACUAUUGUAGAAGCAGAUAGAAAUAAGAAUAAAAAAAGAAAAUCAGAGGAAUUUAAUGAAAUAAAUAUUAGAAAUGAUGAUGAUUAUACAGAAU